CGCCGAUAUUGCGUGUGUUGCGCGGUAUUGCGUGUUUCCAGUGUUGAUUUUUGUUUUAUUAUGGCAAAAGGUGAUAAAGAGUUAGAAAAACCAAACGUGAACAAUGAAUUACCGAAUCCGGAGUGUAGGAGUGCAGAUCAUGAAGACCCGGAGUCGCCACAAGAGCAACCUUUGGAUAUAGGAGAGCAUUAUCUGGUGCGGCGUUCGGAUGAGUCAUGGCACCCGGCUGAGAUUAUACAGACGCGCUACAAUGCGGCGGAGUCAAACUACGAGUACUAUGUGCACUAUGUUGGGUACGAUAGAAGGCUGGACGAGUGGGUUUCCCGCCACCGGGUCAUGUCCGACAGGUUUGACAUGUGCGAACAGUCUAGUAACAACUUAAAUUCGGAUCACUUGCUUACGGAUAAAUCCGGCCGCAAAAUAACUCGAAACCAGAAACGUAAACACGACGAAAUUAACCAUGUUCAAAAGACGUACGCAGAAAUGGACCCUACUACGGCGGCGCUGGAGAAGGAACACGAAGCUAUCACCAAAGUAAAAUACAUUGACAGAAUUCAGAUUGGGAAAUACGAGAUCGAUACUUGGUACUUCAGUCCGUACCCCGACGAGUACGGAAAACAGUCGAAGCUGUGGAUAUGCGAAUAUUGUCUUAAAUACAUGCGGAUGGAGAAAACUUACAGGUAUCACUUGAGCGAAUGCACAUCGAGGCAACCACAGGGCAAUGAAAUAUAUAGGAAGGGCACAAUCGCUAUUUUCGAGGCCGACGGUAAGGAGCAUAAAAUCUAUUGUCAGAACUUAUGUCUGCUAGCGAAGUUGUUUCUAGAUCACAAGACACUGUAUUUCGAUAUUGAACAGUUUCUGUUUUAUAUCCUGUGUGAGGUUGACAAGCAAGGUGCACAUCUUGUUGGAUACUUCUCCAAGGAGAAGGACUCUCCUGAAGGAAACAAUGUUGCAUGUAUAUUGACACUCCCUCCAUUUCAAAGGCAGGGUUAUGGCAAACUCCUCAUAGCGUUCAGUUAUGAGCUUUCCAGGCUCGAACAAGUUGUUGGCAGUCCUGAAAAACCACUGUCAGAUUUAGGGAAGUUGAGCUACAGAUCUUACUGGUCAUAUGUUUUGUUGGAAGUGUUGAGUGCCAGCCGAGGCACUCUCAGUAUCAAAGAUCUCAGUCAGAUGACAGGUAUUUCGCAAACAGACAUAAUAUCUACACUGCAAUCAAUGAACAUGGUAAAAUACUGGAAAGGUCAGCAUGUAAUUUGUGUCACACCAAAGAUAGUUGCAGAGCAACUGGCAAGCUCUCACUUCAAAAAGCCUAGAUUGACAGUGGAUCCUUCAGCGCUAAGAUGGACCCCUCCUAACAAGCAGGGGAAUUCCGCUAAGGCUAAAAAGUAGUACAGGCUUACAGGCAGGGCUUAGAGAUGCAUGACGAGUCACAACCAAAGACUUCUCUAGGUGCAGGCCUGUUUGACUACAACCGUUAACUAAAACGAUACAAUGCUUAGAUCAGAGCAGGAAAUUUGGGUUAAAUUGGACAGUGCAGUUUAAGUAUUAAUAUUUAAUUCACACUGCACUUGCUUUGUACUAAUCUAAAAUUUUAGACUUAACAUUAAUACCAGUGAGGUAUUAAAGAAAUCUGCUAUUUAAUGAUAAAUUCAGCAUUUCCAGUGUAAUAAUUAUGUAUGUAGGUUAUUAGAGAAUAAGUGAGCAAAUAAAAAUACAAAAAAAAUUAAUUUUACGUGUAAAAUAUAAACAAGGAAAAUACACUCUUUACAUGCUUAAACUUUUAGUUGACAGAUUAUGUUGUGCAUAUACUUGGUAAAUUAUUUUUGCAUGACUAAUCAUCUAAUCUUUGAUUUGUUCUAUUUUGUUGUAUUCAUUAAAAGACUUCAUUAAAUUGCAAGGAGAAAGGGUAUUUUUUGUUGCAAUGGCAGAUCUGUUUUAAUGUAUUUGUCUCAGUUCCUUUUGUACUGGUAAUAGUGAUACUAAUUUUAAGUUCUAAAUUUAAGUUAAUUUGGAUUAAGAAAGCUUUGAGUUUUCUGUCUAAUAAUGUGUAAUAAGGCGAUGAUAGGUGUUAAGAAUACAUUGUGUAAAAAUAUGUCUGUGGAAUUAUUUGAUUUUGUUUAAUUUGCAUGGAAUGUUAUGACAUUUUUCCAUUAAAAAAUAUAUUGUUCAUUUUACUUUACCUAAUUAAAGUUAGUCACUUUAAAAUGUCUCUAAUUAAAAUCAUCUUGCUUUAUCUCUGGUGUAAGGUGAAUGACACAAGUCACGUCACUACUUCUGAAAUUAAUGUCUCCCACCAUUGUAUAAGGUGAACACUCUCUUGUGACAUUGUAGUUAUUUUUGAAAACAAACUGAACAACACAUUGGUCUAGUUUUAUUUUAGCUGUAAGUCUCUCUAUGUCAAUAAUGUUCUGUGGAUAUUUUUGAAAAAAAAAGUAUGUCAACUCAUACAUACAGUUGUUAAAUACUAUGUAUCACUCUGGAUGAUUUGCUUAUCAAAUAUGUAAUUUUAAUAUAAUUGUGCCCAGUCUGCUAUUUUCUUAUCGGAUGGAGAAUGACGAAUAUCCGUCUAUGGAUUUUAUGACAUUUUCUCGAAAUUUUAAAUAGGCCCACAUGACUUUUUUUUUCAAAACUAGCCACUUAUUGAGUAGUUAAAAUGCCUGUGUAUUAUUUUUCUUGGCAAUGUGUAUCUUAGUUAAGAAUUUGUCACUUAUGUUUUUCGUGUCAAGUUGCUUAAUCGAGAGAACUUCCCAUUGCA